GUUUAACUGAAAGUGUGUCACCCCUAAAAAAAAUCAUCCUAGGUUCCCUACAUGAUCUUGAACUUGUGCUGAUUGGAAGAAAUAUAUUUAAAAAGUCAGUAUUUUAAUUUAUGAUAUUUUAUUUAGUCAAAAAAAGCUGAUGAUAACGUACAAUUAUCAGAGUAUAAAUCUCUUGAGUUCGUUUUUCAGCUUUCUCAAUAUACAAUUCCCCUAAAUCUGACUAUAUGAGGCUCAACAUGUGCUGGUUUAUAGCCCCUCAGGCUAACUGAAUUUUAAAGGAAUCCUCCAGAGGCAUGACCCCCGUGUCCUCAGAGGCAAGCACGGCCACGCUCCCCUUCUUGCAUAGUGGGGGCCCCCGGAGGCCCCCUGAUCCCUCACUCUGGGACCAAUAGAGACGCUGCACCUGUAUCCAGUGCGCCUGUCCCGUUCGGAAGAAAGUUGGCGGCGCAAUGAUUACGCUGCGUGCGUCUCAAGGGCAAAGGAAGCGAGGAAAGCGAUCACAAUAACAAAUGUAGAGUGCUGCACCUUUCCGCGGCUCUUUCUGGCUCCGUCUGUGUCUCUGUGUGUGCGGACUGCCCUGCUGCUGAUGCGCUGCCUCAGCCGCAGAUGCACUUCCAUGUCAGAGGAGGUUCGGGAUUAUAGGGGUUAUUUAUAAGGAGGUAAUUUUAAAGAAAGAAAACAGCGGAGAGAUGCGCCUGGAGAGGAGACGUCACAUUUUAAUUUGGAGCGAAUGUGUAGUGAAAGCGUGACCGAGUAAGAGGAGAGGAAUAUGCAGCGCUGUUCCUCAGCACGGCGGAUCUUCACCGGAUAAAACGUCCUAUUCCUGGAUGAUGCAGUUUUUUGUGUGUGUGUGUUCCUUAUAGACACGCCAGGAUUUUCUGAUCGCUCCACGUUUCAGCGGGAAUCUGUAUAAUCCUUCCGUCACGCCACGCCGGCUGGAACCCCCCACAUCAUCACUGGCUUCAAGGGAUCAGAGCCAAACGGGACUGAUUAAAGAAACGGGCUUUAAUUUAAAGUUCAUUCAUUUUUCCAAGACAAAGGCCCGAAUCUGCUGCUGUGCUCCCAAGCCCAAAUGCAAGAAAGCAAAGUUGAUAUUCCAGCAUUGAUGAUGCCACCCUGGGAGCGCUUUCAAGGAAGGGAGACUGGAGAAUGAAAGCGGGACAUCUGCGUCUGUAACCGGCGAAGAAAACCAACACAAGCCACCUACUCAGUCUUUCUUUCUUCUUCUUUAUUUUGGAUUGGACCAAAAAUACUUCUUAAGGUGCGCCUUUUGACUCCUGCACGAUGGGGAUUAUGCUUCAAGUUAUUUUAGGAAUGUUUCAGUUCCUGCUGCUCACCAGAAUACCGACCUUCCAUGCCAAGCUCGCUCACUGGCGGCCGGCAGACUCCCCCAGAUCCAGGGAAGGUCGGGAAGUGCGACGGUGGUUGGAGGUGUAUUCCCGCAGCGGCUGCGAGCCUCGCGACACUCUGGUGGAGGUUUGGCGGGAGUUGCCGGGGGAGAUCCAUCACCUCUUCGUCCCGUCCUGUGUGUCUGUGAAGCGAUGUGGUGGCUGCUGCGCCGAUGAGGCCUUGGAGUGUGUGCCUUCGCUAACACACACCCUCACCAUGGAGCUGAUGAGAACGUCCUUCAUGAAACACGAGCUCAUCGAGCUGCCCUUUGUAGAGCACAGCCAGUGCGAGUGCAGGUUAAAGGAACAGUUCCAGCCAACACCCACUACCAGGCUCCAUUUGAAGCCAGCAGGAAAAGAGAGGAAAAAAGAGGGGAGGAAGUCCAGGCAGAGGAAAACCGGAUCCAUCAGAUCUGUAACCCAUGCUCCUCUGAUUCCUCCCUCCACCUUUUCUCCUCCUCCACCUCCUCCUCCCACCGCUCUACCUCCUCCUUCCUCCUCACUGAAGCCUCGGUGCCGCAUGUACAGUUCUCAGAUGAAGGAGCUCUCCAUCAGAACCCAUGCUCCUGUGAUUCUUCCUUCCAUGCCCCCACCUCCUCCAUCUCUUCGUCCCACCACCCUAAGCUCCUCUCUGCCUCCGUCCCCGACACCUCGGUGCCGCCCAUGCAGAGGAAGGAAGUGGGCCCUGGAUGAAACGUUGUGUCAGUGCAGAUGCACCCUCAAAGCCAAGAACUGCAGUCGAAAAGGCCAGACUCUCAACUCUCGUCAUUGCAAGUGUGAAGCGACAAGGACUUGAUCCGUCCAGCCACUUGCUUCAUAUCCCACCAAAUAUCUUUAGCUCCAUCACCUGCUCUGAGCAUCUGUGCAAUGGACAGUGCAGAUGGUCGGGCGUCCAGUAUCAACCAGAAGGAUGUAUUAGUAGAAGCACACACUAGAACCUGUACUCGUGUAUCAUUACACCCUAAAUGUGCUGUAGAUCUGUAUGUGUGCAAGCAUAUUUUCCACCUCGUCACUUCUGUGGCAGAGCUUCGUGUAAGGGUGUGUGUGUGUGUGUGUUUGUGCACAUUUUGUGUCACUUGAGUGAAGGAUGAAGGCACUAGGACUCUCUGUGCUAAGUCGUGUUUUUUGUUGGAGACUGGAUUGCAAUUUAACUGCACAAGAGACCAGACUGGCUGGGCCAAAGUGUCCUUCAUGUUGAUGUUUCGGUGGAAGGAAAACUGCACACAGGUUUAAAUCAAGAGGAUUUGAGAAGCAGCAGCGUGUUAUCGGUGGACAUAUGUACUUUGAGACGCACCAGAAGGAUAUGGGGCAUGUUCAUGAGCUGGCACCCCGGUGUCUCUGGACCUAAUAGAGAGGAUGAAUGUUGGGACGGGUGGUAUCUGUGUGGUCUGCUCACUGAAAGACACAGAUGGGUUAUCCCUGCAACCGUUCACUCUCACUCAAAGCGUAUGACCACGGGCUGGCUCUCCAAGCCUCUUUCCGGCAUUUGUUUAAUUUUGAGCCCUUUGUGUUCAUCUCUCUUCAGCUCCUCAAUUGAAAGGAGCCGCUUUGCCUCUCUUUGCCUCUCUUUUCGGCAGUGAGGAGAAUGACAAUAAUGAGGCCUGGCGGCUCUCCACCGCUUCACUCACACAAACAUUCACACUUAUAAUACCAGGAACACAGACGUCAGGCUAAAUGCAGACAUUGAUGCUGCUGCGGCACACAUGCAUCCAUAUCUGCACACAUACAUGCAAUGUGAAAUGAAUGCUAGUAGCCAUAAGCCAUUUGUGCAAAUAUAUGUCAGUUUCUCUGCAAUUUUACUGCAAAGUAAGCAUAUAUAGAGUAUUUUAUAACAUGCCACUCUUUUAUAUUUUAUUAUAAUUGUCCCAGGUUGAUUGCAGAGGUAAUGGAGAGUAUAUAUUGCGGGAAGUGUCUUUGUUUUGCUUGUGUUCAUCUUUAAUCCGCCUGCAUAACGACUCACGCUGGGUGGCCUGCUGAUUCGAUGCCCAAAUGUAUUGAAUUUAAACAGAGAGGGCUCACACGAGUCACAAAUGGGAGACUCUAUAGAUUUACAAAGUGUAAUUCAAACAAUCAGUGGGGUGGUGUUGUGUGCAGCACACAGAAACCAAGCAAAUAGCUGUCCCCGGUGCAGUGAAAGGAAAACAUAGCUAUUGUUGUUGCAUGUUAGAGCCCGGAUGCAGGGAGUGUUUCUCACCCAGAGCAUAACUUGUUUAUAUUCAGGCUGAAUCUCACGGUUUUACUCAGUGUUACUUUAUGACUGCUCGGCUGCAGAGUUGGGGAACAAAGAAUUACUUUUCAAGCAGCUUGUCAGUCAGUUGGUGUGUGGAGCUGAAGAAGUGGCAGGUCAGAGAGUUUAAAGUCCGUUUUUUCCCCUUCAACUCCCAUUCAGAGUUUGUCUGCUGUGCCAAAUUUGACUGAGAACAUUUUAGCCGUGACGUAUUAGGACUUGGGGUUAGAAAACUGCUCAACAAUAGCUUGAAAACGCCGUGAUUCAUGGCUCAGUGUUCAUACAGUCCCGCUGAUUGAAGAAUGGUCACCCAGAAACAAGCUACCAUCCACAGUGUGAAUUAUUUAUGUGUCGGCACUGAAGCAGCAGAACUUUGUUUCGGUGGCUGCUGUGAUAAGCUUUGUAUUUAUACUCUCCUCAGAUGAGAUUAUGUUUUUUUAUUUCCAUGCUCAUUGUUCAGUGUUUAUUGCUGUCAAUCAAUGCUUCAAUCACUACCUCUCUAUUAAAUAUAUAAUGUAUAUAUGGCAUAGCAAUGACAGCGUAUUAGAGCAUUAUUGUUACUUCCUCUGCGUUGAAUGAGUUAAUGAUGCAUUUGGCAAUAAGGAGAGUCUCUGGUGAAGAGACGGAUUAUUAUUGUUUUAAAGGAAGAGGCUGAACUGGUCCUCUGAGGACAGAGGGGAAGUUUUCCCAGUGCUUUGUUUAACCUCAAUAUUUUCACUGUCCAAUUGUGGCUUUACAGGUGCAUCCCAGUGAAUUAGAAUGUAUUUUAAAAGGUGAUUUAUUUCAGUAAUUCAACUCAAGAAUGGAAAAAUAUGUAUUAUAUAGAUUUAUUGCACAAAGAGUGAUAAAAUUAAAAUAUUUUUUCCUGUUAAUAGUGAUAAUUGCGGGUGAUUAUGGCUUAAUGUAUUGAAAAAGGAUAUUUAAUAGAGAACUCCAUUACUAGUUCUCUAUAAACCCACAAAAUGUCAUUGCUGAAAAAGCUGAUAGCUCAGAGUGCAGUAUCCAAACACAUUUUUUCCUUUCACUAAGCUUUCCAUCAUGGAAUACAGCUCUGUUAACUGGCAGCUUAUCUUACAAUUAUCUUUUGCGACUUACCCUUCUUAUGGAGGGUGUCAGUGUUUUUCUCUCAGUAAAUCCUAACUUUAUGGACUGUACAGUAUGUGGACUCAGUACUUGGUUGGUUUUAGAGCAUGAAGUUUUCUAAAACUUCCCGCUGAUUGGUUGCUUUGACUUAGACUUGAUAAUAUAGAGUGGACCAACACCAGCAGAUGACAUGGUGUUGGUCCACCAUGUCAUCUGCUGUACAAACUUCACUCUGGACAUCAAGCAACAAGGAUUUUGUGCCGCUCCACUCUUCCCACAAACGUUGGGACCUUCAUAUUCAAAUAAAAUACACUAUCCCUAUCGCUUGUGCACUUUUAUCUACCAAACUUUGUCCUUCCACUCAACUUUCCAUUAUUUUGUCAUAUCGCCGGAUCAGAGCCUGUCAGAAUGGGCCUGUUCUUUCAUUUCGGAGGCAUCCUUGUAACUUUACACAUAUAGCUUGAGUCUCACUUGACAAAGAAAGCAGAGUCUGAAAAGUUGUUUGUUUCAUAUACAAACACAAGCUUGAUUUAAUAUAUGUAUGGAAGGAACACCUACUGCAUUCACUUCAAACAUACCCUUCAUUUGUUACACUUACAAAAACAUCUAGAAACAACACUUAUAAGGUCAACUUGUGUAAUGAUGCUUUAUUUAUGAUGCUGUUUGUACACUCACUCCAACUACGUUUCUUCCUUUCACUAAACUUUCCAUUGAUAUGUUUGGACGCAGCUCUGUUAAUCACCAACAUAUUUUGCAAUUGCCUUUUGAGACGUAUCGUUUUUGUGGAGCAUGUCAGCAUAUGCCUCUCAAGUCAGCAAUUCAUAACAUAAUAUCCCAUAAAAACUUUUUUUUGGCCUUAUGUGAUAUUUUGAUAUUCUCUGAAACAAAAAUUUGGGUUUUUAUUAGCAGUAAGCCAUAACCAUCAAAAUUAACAAGAACAAAAUAUUUGAAAUCACUCCUGUGAAUUCAUGUAAUAUUUGAAUUUUGCUCUUUUUUAUUGAACUACAGAAAUAAAUGAAGUACUGGAUUUUCUUAUUUGCUGAGAUGCAUCUGUAUUUAGGAUCACUUAGGGGAAAGUUACGGGAUGGUUGAUACAAGUCUUUUUUUCUCUUAGAAUAAAACUGAUAAACACGAGGAAAUAACUACUAUCAGAGACUCUUCACGUUUUAGAUACAGGAUCACUUAAAAUGAGCUUUAAACCCUCGAGUUCGUUAUUUUUAAAUUUUCACCUGAAAAGUCCCUAAAUAAUUGUCGAUAUGACCUACUGAGCCUUAGGCCAUAGUGACUAACCUUGGGGUCCGUGGCGAAGAGACACUUGAAACAGUUCAGAAAACUCUCCUUGUUCCCAUCACCAGGCCAGAGUGGGAUUUUUCUACUUCUGCUUCAUCAGCGUAAAUAACGACCUCAUAAUGAUGAGUCUGAGAAAGCUUAAAAGCUUAAGCCUCCUUUUAAGCUCUUUCUGCAAAAGAAACUCUGCAUAUAUUUUCCUCUUAUUAGCUGCAGCCUCAUCAACCUGACUUUUUUUCCCUCAAUUUUAACAGAUGGUCCUGGUGCUCGGACCUCCGAGGUGGAAGAGGUUAAAGGUCUCAGUUAGGCAGAUUAGGUUACUUUUGGGUAGAGCCAGGCUAGUUUAGCCCUGUUUCUUUAUCUUAAUGCUAAACCCAACCACCCAGUUCAUGAACCAAAACACAUAUACAUAGAAUAUACAUGGAUUAUGGUAUCAAUCCUCUUGUCUAACUCUUGGGAAGGGAGUUUUUUUUUGUGAUAUCACUUGCAGUCUUUCCUGUUUGGACAUUAAUAAUUUGCAUAAGCAUUUAACACUUUGUGUUUUAAGAUUAGGGAAUAUUUAAAUAAGCAAACAAAUGUUAGAGGGAAACCUGUGAGUAUUUGGACCGCAGUACAGAUUGUACUUGUGAUGGAGAUUGCAGAGCACAUAUUGUAAGAUCAAUUCAUGAUAAAACAAGAAAUAAAAUCUAUUUUGAGGACCAACAGAAACGAAAUCACACAUUCACUUGUGAUGUACAAAAGUAUUUACAACCUUUAGACUUUUUCACCUUUGGCCACAAUAACCACACAAGCUUCAAUAUAGUUUAUUUGUAUAUAUACUUUUUUUCAUUGACAGAUACAAAACACUAACUAGCACAUAAUUACAAAGUGGAAGGGAAAGUAUACAACAGCAGUCUCAGCUGCUUGUCUCCUUUGGUCUGAAUUUGUUUAUUUUCAAAUUUUGCCACAGAGUCUCAAAUGGAUAUGUCUAGACUUUGACUGGGCCAUCCUAACACAAAUCUAUUUUUAUCUAACCCAUCCCAUUUUAUUUCUGGCUGUGCUUUCUGGGGAUUUUUUUGCCAGGAGUUGUAAUCCUCUCCUUGCUGCCCCUGUGUGUUUAGAUAGACUGCCAUCUCUUAGUAGGUGAUGUGUAUCAUUUACCUUUCACUUUACAAUUAUGUAGGACUUUGUGUUGGACUGUCACAUAAAAUCUCAAUCCAACACAUUUUAGCUUGGAGCUGCAAUGCAUUGCUUCACAAAAUAUCAAAGCGUUCAAGGUGUAUUAAUACUUUUGCACUUUGUAUAUUGUGUGUCAUGCACAUUUUCACCAAGCGUUCUGUUUUAAUGCAUGAAAUCUGAUCAGUUUGUCAGGAAACUUUUAUUCUGCAAUCAUCUGUAUUUAUCUGUCCUGCCUCUUCAUGCAGAUAUACAGUGUGGACAUGUUUGUAUCUCUUAGAUGUCCUUCUCCUGUGUGAACGUCCAACAUCAGUGUGCUGUGUACUGUUAAGGUAACUCUCUCCAGCUUCCAGUGUCUGAAUAAACUCUAGUUACCCCCUACUGAACUCUGUAACAUCCUAUAACCUGUCAUAUCCAUACUGUGUAUGACAUAGUGGAUACUUUAGAGACAUAUCUGUAACUUCAUUUUAGCUGUCCAUUACAACAAAUCUCUACUCUGCAAAUACUUUGUACUGCUGUAGCCUAUGUAGAGACAAGAAAGCAACACUCUUUCUUUGCUGCUACACCAUUUGUGCCCUUUUAUGAUGUCUUUGUAGAAAAUGAUGCAGGUUUAUGUUGUAUUAACUUGUAAGUUAAUUGGUUCAUUGUCCUCAUUAAAAGUGUACUCUGCGUCCUCGAAUAUAUCCAGAAUUAUACCAGAAUACAACCAUGAUGUUACAGAUGUUAUUAAAGGAAAUGUCUUAUUUUUCAUAUGA